AUGGCCGCGCUCGCGAGGAAGCAACAGGCCAUCAAGGAUCUUACUCAGUUCCUGACGGACCGGGGAGGUACCGUCUCGUCAGCUGAUGUGGGUGCCUUCUAUACGAAGCACAAGAAACAUCGCGAGAUACUACCCGACCUUCGGAUGUUUUGCGAGAGGCAGCCCGAUCAUUUCGCCAUCGUGGAUCCUGGAAAAGGUCACUGGAAGCUUUGCCUGGCUAUAAGUGACAAAGAAGCCGUACAGAAGCUGACCGAAUUCAUUUCCGCACGUGGUGGCCUGCUGUGCUCCCGCGACUUUCCUGACUUCAAAGGGCAGUACCCGGACCUUGCGAAAGUUGUUUAUUCAGGUGGACGCACUCUGCGCCAGUUCUGCGAGCUUCACGACAAAGACUUUGUAGUAGACGCGAGCGAAUCUAAUCCCAGUGUCUGCAUCCGCCUGAAAUCCCAAGAGAAAGAGAUUGUCACAGCCCUUGUGAAGCUGCUGAAGGAGUCUGGCGGCAUUGUACCUUCUUCCAAAUUGAAGGAUUUCCAGCCAUCUGUGCCGGACCUCCGAGCGUUUUGUGAGAAGUAUCCCGCUCGCUUUGCCAUUUCUGCAUCCGCCGGUAGCUGGAAGUUGCUGCUGGCCCCAAGCGAGAAGGAGGCUGCGCAGAAGCUCGCGGAUUUCAUUGAGUCGCAGUCCGGCGCCCAGAUCACUUCUGGUGACUUUGGAGGCUUCAAGAAGCAGGAGCCAGCAGCUGCGCAGGUGAUUCGGCUGGGUGACCGGAAGCUCAGUGAGUUCUGCGCGAAACAUUGUGCCACAUUUCUGCUGAAGGCGGAGGGAUCCGGCCUGUCCAUUCGCUUGCAGCCGGAGGUUCAAAAAGCUCGGGGCGCGAAGGAAAAGAAGCUCCUGGCAGAUAUCGGCAAGUUCCUCAAAGAAGAAGGUUGCAUGAUCUCGGCUGAGCACUUCGCGGCUUUCUACUCCAGGCAUCCGGACUACAAGUUUGAGUCUCUUGGCAAGAAGAAGGCUGUGCUUGCAGACCCGCGCACUUUCUGUGCCAAGCACCCUGAGCGUUUCGUUAUUUUGGGUCAUGGCGCCGGGUGGAGGCUCCUGUUCAGUUCUUACGAAAAGAGGUUUGUAAAGAACCUUGUGGACUUCACGAGGAUGCAUGGCGCGUUGGAUGCCGAGGGCUCGUCGCAGUUCCUCCAACAAUAUCCCGAACACGCGAAGGUGUUCAACUCAGGCAGAGAGAUCCUGCGCCAAAUCUGCCGAAAUCAUGAGGACUCCCUUGUGUUCGAAGAGAGUGGUGGCAACGACCUUGGAUUUUGCAUCCGCCUGCGCCCUCAAGGUGCAAGCGCUGAGAGCAGGGAAGGCCAAGUUGUGGCAGAUCUCGUCGGGUUCAUCCAGCAGAGUGGCAGUGGUGCUGCCGGCCUUGCUGCCAAUCUCUUCGCCGGCUUCUACACCGCGUAUCCACACCAUCGGGCUGCCCUGAAGAACAACUUGCGAGGGUUCUGUGAGAAGCAUCCCAGGCACUUCAAUAUCUCGGACAACGGGCCUGGAGUGCACUGGCGAGUCAGUCUGGCUGCCAGCACCACUGCCGCACAAGUUGCGGCUCGCUUGGCUGUGUUCAUUGAGAAGCGCGGCAAAGCCUUGCCAGCAGACGAGCUGGGCCUCUUCUAUGGGCAGAAUCCCUCAUAUCGUCAGGCUAUUUCGGAGGCCGGUGGUCCCCAGAGGUUUUGCGCAAGCCACCAAAGCCUCCUGGAGUUCAAGACGUCGCUGUCAGGUGACCAAGUGGCCCUGGCGUGCCACUGCUGCUAUUUCGUGCGUGGUGGGUGCACUCACGACUCGACGCAUGGGAAGUACUUGCAUGUGCUACCUGCGGCGGUCGAUGCCUCUCAAGACGCGCUCUGCUGCUCCUAUGGCCCCAAGUGCAAGUUCGGGCACUGGCAGCGGGUGCUGCAGCAUGCAGGUUUGGGGAGCGACCCCGGUCAGACGCCAGCCUUGCAGGCGCCCUCCGUUGUGGCAGAGGCAGCCGGUCCAGAUCCGUGGGCGAAUGGCCAGUUCUCGACGCUGCCGGAGCCGGAUCGUGUCUGGGUAGGCCCUUGGCAUCUUCUUGAAAUCCCUGUUGGCCCAGUGGUACCCUUUUCCUUUUUUUGGGGGUUGAAGCUUCCCGUAUCCCCUAAACCCUAA